AUGUGUUCCAAUGGGGUGUAUCAAUUAAAAAAAAUUCUCUUGAAAUACAGCGAAACAGGACAUAGUAGUAGAAAUGUUCGAUUUUUUUUAAGGUUUAUUUUACCGGAUUACAAGGAAGAAAAUAAGCACUUAAAUUUUGAAAUACAGCAUGAACAGUAUGAGGAACCAUUGGCUAUAUUUGAAUACAUAAAUAAUAGUAGGUAUGAAAUAUCUUUGAAAGAUAUAAAAUCGAAGCAUAUAGUCGAUAUAAUUAAUUUGUAUAAGGACAGUGCAGGUAAUUCAAACUUUUUGAAGCACGGAGGUCCCAAAGUUUACUCACAUAGAAGGAGUAUUCAGGGACUAUGGUGCCCUAGUAUAUACAGUGAACUGAAUGCCAUUUCUUACUUAAAAAAAAAAAAAAAAAAUAAUAUUAAAUUACCAAAGUAUACUAGAGAAAGUUUAAAUUUAAAUCACGAUGUGAUCAAGGGAAACGGAAGAUGGGGCAAUGAAAAAUUAUUUCCAAAAGGCUUUGAUCAAAGAUAUUUAAAAAAUAUUUUUUGUUUUCCUUUCAAGGACAGCUUGCCAAACAAGGGCAACCAAAAUGAAGAGAUGGACGGGAGUGAAGCGCAUAUGAACUCCUUUUACAAAUUUUAUAAGGAUUAG